AAUGUUUCAAAGACUCCCGAUGCCUUUCUCCUUCCAGCUAUCAGUGUGCUGAAGAAUAUAACAUUUGUGGUUGUUAUUUUCUGCAAAAUGAUUAUUAUCCAAUCCCGACCAGUUACUAUGCUGAUUGAGGCGGCCUCUGAAAAAGAGCAGCAAGCCAUCCUUUCAGAAGAUCCUCAAAUUUCGGAAAUUCACCGGCGCCAUGUCGUUUAUACGGAGUUUGUUGUAAAGUCUAUAAUGUUGUGCACCUUUUUGGCUGGCCUGGCUUAUGUUGUUGGAGAUUUAUAUUUGGCCAAUGAAUUUUACAAAUUACACCCGAAUGCUGCGCCAACCGAUCCAAAGCCGCACAGCAUCUAUUUCUGGUUUCCCUUCAACCCAGAUGAGUACUACAAAAUUGCAUUAACAUAUGAAUUUGUGCAUAUUGUCCAAACUGUGAUCUACAAUGGGGCCAGUCACGCUGUGGUCAAUUCAGCGAUAAUAUUUGUAAAGGUCGAAUUGAAGAUUCUAGAAUAUGAGAUAAGGCAUAUGAUGUCCAAGCCAAAUUUGAGCAAUUUGACCCCAGCGCAGCUAAUGAAGAUUCAUAUCCGAAAACAUCAGGAAUUGAUCAA